CCUCCAAGCAGUUUGAAACUGUCAGGCUACCGGGCCCGGGACCAUCCUAAAGUUAACGCCGGUCUACCGCUGGAGCUGGCCAGACUAAAACCGGAGGUCACGAGCUAGCGCUGACAGUUUUGUAAAGGAUGUCCUCAGAUGAAGAGAAAGCCUCAGCUACAGCUCUGCCAAGAGACAUUGACCCAGAUAGUUCAGUUUCUUCAAAUCUUCAGACUGAAUAUGAAGAGCUGCUUCGAUAUGCUGUAGUGACACCAAAGAGUGAUACAAUUACCUCGAAGCAGUCUUAUCCUAAGUCAUUAGGAGGAACAGAUGACAGAAUAUUGAGUGCAGUGGCUGAAGAGCCACAUAUUUCAGGAAAGGACCCUGCAGGAAGAGAACACAGAAAUGAAUCUGGGAGAAUCAUAGAAAUCAACAGUCCAAGUAUUUCAAAAACAGAAGUUUUACCAUUAUUGUCAUCACCAAAGAGGAUCAGUCAUCCAAUCAUGGACUUUUUCAGCUCAAAUCAUUUAAGUGACGCUUCACCAGGAACUUCUAAUCCCAGAGAAAAGGAAUUUUAUGACAGAUUUUUAAAUGAAUCAUGCAUUACUGAUGAAAGCUUUCAAAAAAUAGAAAACUUAAUUGAUCUCUGGUGUUCAGGUCUUAAGACAAAUAUUCUUGCUGAACUAAGUAAAUGGAAACUUAAUUUUAUUGAUUGGCAUAGAGCAGAAAUGAAAAGAGAGAAGGACAAACAAGCAAUACAAAUAAGAAGACUGCAGAACCAAAUAGAUGACUUGAAUGAGCUGCAGAAAACUUAUGAAACUUCUGCUGGGAGAAAAGAUGAGGUAAUUGCUACCUUGACUGAAGCUACAAGCAAGCAAAAAGAAAGAAUGGAUUUGUUGAAAACAUUCUUCCAUUGGCGGAUUGAACACUUCAAGGCCAAACAGGAGAUGUAUGAAGCUAGGCUAGCUGACCAGCAUUACCACAAAACAUUGAAGAAGAAAAUCUGGAAGGCCUGGCGCUCUACACUGAAAUCACAAUGGAAAGAUGUGGUUGAAAAAGCUUGUCAAUCCAGAGCUGAAGAAAUUUGUAUCCAGAUUUCUUGUGAUUAUGAAACUCAAAUUGCAGCAUUAAAUGCUAAUUUGGAAGCUGCAAGAACUGAGAUCCAAAAACUCCAGUGUGAAAAAGAAAAGUUUGAAGAAUCCAUGAAAAAAGCUUUCAUGCGUGGCGUGUGUGCAUUAAAUCUAGAAGCCAUGAGUAUAUUUCAGGGCAGAAGUGACAAUGGCAUAGAAAGCACAAAUAAGAAAGAUGACCAUGGUCCCAGUGGCUCAGGGAAAGAUGGUUCUAUUCAUUUUGAUCCUUCAGUUCUCUCAGUACCACCACCACCACCACCACCAGCACAAGCAGCAACAGAAGAAAUGUUUGGGCCAAAAGUUGUGACAUCUGUUCAACAGAAGGCAGGAAGAACAAUUACAGCUCGAAUUGCAGGGAGAUCUGAUUUGCCUAUUAAAACCAGUAGAAAUUGUGGCAGUUUAGCUGUAAUGGGGGUAUUGCCUCCCAUGAGUUCCGUUGUUAUAGAAAAACAUCAUCCAGUCACACAGCAAACCAUUCCUCAAGCUCUUGCCUCAAAAUAUCCUCGAACUAUACACCAUGAAACAGGCGGCACAUCUUCAAGACACACAGGACCCAGUGGAAAAACAUCUGCCCUGGCUUCUCACUCCAUAAAGGUGGUUGACUAAACUGAAUAUAACUAUACAUAGAAAGGAAUUGAUUAUUUUUUUCAAUUCCUGAUUUCCCUUCCUAAAAAAUUCUCGUGCAUUUGCUAUCAUGGAACUUCCCAGUGAAGCUUAGACUGGCAUAGCAAAACACUGUGGAUAACAUCAUGUUCAUCUUUUCAGAAUCACCAGAGACUGAUUCGAUGGAAAAAUUAUUUUGAGGAAAAUAAAAUACCCUUUGUAACUAUAUGCAGAAAUUAUUUUAAUGUUAAUAAAUCUUUAUUUAAGAAAUAAAUUGUAUAUAUGCCUUUUUAAAUUAAAAUAUGUAUAUGCUUGUUUGGAGACCAUAUGUUGAACUCCUGUCAUUACUCCAAAUGUAUAAUUCAUGAUCCUCUUGAUAUUUAGCAUUCUUUUGGAGGGAGGAGGGUGCUUUUUUAUUUUUAUUUUUGCUAUAUUAUUUCAAAAAAUUUUAACUACAAUGAAAUCUCUGUAAUUAAGUAAAUACAACAUUUUGGCAUUGCUUUAAAUAUCUUUACCUUCUGCCUAUUGGUAUUCCAGGGAUCUAUGAAUUCAUUGGUAUGAAUAUUCCCAAGGGCAUUUUCCCCAUCCUCGUUACUAAUAGCUGAUGAGACUUUUGUUCUGGCAUUGAAGAUGCAUUAAUCAAUAUGCAUCUAUUAAGUGCUUCUUAUUUUAGCUAGUACUAGGGAUCCAGAUAUAAUGAAACCAUCCUUACUCUCUAGGAGACAGAUUCCCUCUCCUUACACAAAUUGACAAGGAACACCAUUAGCACCAUAUUUGAAGAUGUUUGAAUAAUGGCUAGUCAUCACCUGAACUAUGUGCUUGAAGUAGGCCUUUAAAAUGGAGAACAUACACAGAUAGAAUCAAAGCUAAGAGGGACCACAUACUAACUCAACCUUGGUUUCCAGGAGAGAAAUCUGAAGUGAUCCUCCAGGGAAGUAUAAGCCCUAGAAAUAACAGGGAAGGAGUGGUGACAAGAGUUCUUGGGACAAGGUAGGAACUGCAAUAAUGUUAGAUAUGUAAUUAAUAUGUGAAGAAAAAGACCACCUGGGGGGAAAAAAGCCUCGCCUUUAUGUAAAUGAAGUCACUUGAGGUCUAUGAGAAUAUCAUAUGGGAAAAAGGACAAGACAAGGACCUGAGUUAAUGAAGAAAUUAUGAAAGAUUUUGGAGUGUUUUGGAAUUAGGAAUAAAAGCCAGAGAUUGAAUUUGGAGGAGAGGAAGGAGAAUAGUUAGUUUUGAAGGAAAAAAUGGAUUUAAGACUGAAACUAAAAAAAAAAAAAAAAAAAAAAGAUGGGAAAUGCAGACCAGAGGAAAGAUUAGAAAGACAAAGGUAAAGGAGUGGAUACCCAGCAAAACGUCCUUAUUAAUAGAGAGCUGUAAGAUUUGCAAAGCACUUUACAAAUAUCCUAUUUGAUCCUUCCUAAAAUUCUGAGAAGUAAAUACUUAUUCCCAUUUAAUAGAAGAAGAAAUAGGCAAACAAAGGUUUCAUGACUCCCAAGGUCACACUGCUAGAACAUGUGUAAAGCUAGAUUGAACUCAGGUCUGUCUUGAUCUCCAGAGGUGAAAAGGUACAACUGAAAUAGCCCAGGCAAUAAAAUUCAAGACGGCCAUAGUAAUUUAUAAUUUAGAAAUAAUUUAUUUGUAAUUGGCCUACAUGGUUUGCAUGGCCAGGACGGACCUCCAGUAGGAUUCUGGCAUGGUUCCGUGCCCAACUGAAGUAGGAGCAGCCUUAUAAGCAUUCUUAUUCACCCUUGCUGGCACCUUUGACAUUAAACAGUGACUCGACUUUACUGGAGCAAAGAUACAAAGGCAGAUGUUUUAACAUAGAUAGAGAUCAGAGUUAGGUGACUACCCUCAUGGAACAGAUAUCCUUGGGAGCAUUGUUGAUCUGGCACUUUGAAGUGCAAAAUAAAUCCCCUAAUCUAGCUGAGCAGAUCUUUCUCUACGAGCCCCAGCCCUAAAACAGAGAGGGGAUGGGAGGCCAGACCUUUGUCCAUUUCACAACUAACAAGCUUCUAGCAUUUAGCUCCAAAACUGGAGUUCCAUAUCUCUUUGAGUUCUCUACUUGUGAGUUCUCUAAAAGAAUGGAUGUUGACGGUUGGAGGUGUUGGACCCCAAAAGUAUAUUGGAGUUACAGGCCAUUGCCACAGUAUCUCAAAAGAAUUUGUAGGCAUAGACCUUCAAGGGAUAAAAGUUUUAUUACACUGCUAAGAGUAGCUAAAUUCCAAGGGAAGUUAGCAAAGAAAGAUCUUAGCUAUUAACAAGGAAAAAUCCAAGUUCUCUCCUGGAAGUCACAGUUAACCAGGAUGGAGAUGUCAUUAAAGUCUUUCAAGUUCAGAAUCACAAAGGCUAAUUGAUAUGGACUUAUGAAAUUAACUUACUCUCUUCUCUUAUCAGAAAGAAGCCCAUCCAGCUGAUGGAGGUGAACCCUGAAACUGUGUCUCCUUUAAUCUGUAAAAGAAGGGUGAUUCAGGGUCUCAGGCUCUCCCCUGGGAAAAGCAUACCUUUCCCAGAGAACGCCCUCCCCAAGUUAAAUGGUCUCAUUCAGUUGGAUUUUGGGGCCUGAUAGUUCUAUUGAGUGACUCCAAACUCCAAAAUAAGUAAUCUCUUUUCAACUGGAAAUCUAGGCCUGGGGCAUUGACAAUAUUGAGUGAAAACUCAAUCAAUUUUUAAUGGAGCCCAAGCCUCAGACUGCUAAUAAGAGACAACUCUGAAUCCCAGAUCUUUGCAGAAGUCAGAAAUAGGAAUUUGCUUUGCCAAGGAAGCUCACUUCUUGGCAAAUUGUGCCAAAGUUCCCUUUUUAAUGUCGUGACCCAGUUUCUCCAAUUGUCCUAUUUAGUUAUGCUGCCUCAAGUUAUAACCUUUCCCUCUUAAAGUUUGAUGAGACAAAGGUCUACCUCACUUGCUCUGUCCCAAAACCCCAGGCUAUAAUUAUUCCCUCUUAAAUGGUUGAUGAGAUAAGGGUUUUAUAUCUUUAGGUUAUAGACAUUUCUUCUUAAUGUUUGACAGGAUAAAGGUUUAUCCAUUUUAUUUAUUUUUUUUGACUUUGUCUUUAUUUAUUUUUAUUUUUUUUAAUUUUUAUUUAAUAAUUACUUUAUAUUGACACUCGUUUCUGUUCCGAUUUUUUUUUUCCCUCCCUCCCUCUACCCCCUCCCCUAGAUGGCAAGCAGUCCUUUAUAUGUUGGAUAUGUUGCAGUAUAUCCUAGAUACAAUAUAUGUUUGCAGAACCGAACAGUUCUCUUGUUGCACAGGGAGAAUUGGAUUCAGAAGGUAUAAAUAACCCGGGAAGAAAAACAAAAAUGCAGAUAGUUCACAUUCGUUUCCCAGUGUUCUUUCUUUGGGUGUAGCUGCUUUUGUCCGUCAUUUAUCAAUUGAAACUCAGGUCUCUUUGUCAAAGAAAUCCACUUCCAUCAAAAUAUGUCCUCAUACAAUAUCGUUGUCGAAGUGUAUAAUGAUCUCCUGGUUCUGCUCAUUUCACUUAGCAUCAGUUCAUGUAACUCUCGCCAGUCCUCUCUGUAUUCAUCCUGCUGGUCAUUUCUUACAGAACAAUAAUAUUCCAUAACAUUCAUAUACCACAAUUUACCCAGCCAUUCUCCAAUUGAUGGGCAUCCAUUCAUUUUCCAGUUACUAGCCACUACAAACAGGGCUGCUACAAGGUUUAUCCAUUUUAGACAUCAUUAGAAUAUCUGUAACCUCUCCAGUACCUCCCUCCAUUGUGUCAUUCUAGGGGCCUCCCCCCAUUAGGUUAUCCCCACCCAGAUAUCUCCUCCAUUAUGUCAUUGUUCUUGAUAUCCCAUAAAAGGCUUGCCCUCUGAGUACUUCGGGCCGGACUCUGAGAUCAUAGUCUCUUCCAGCCCUGGGACCAACCAUAGAUCCAUUGGUCCCAGUAUUUCUCUCCAUUUAAAAAACUAUUGAAUUGGUCUCUAAUCUCUUGUCUUGCUCAGUUUCUUUGGCAUUACAGGCAAGGCUUUCACACUGAAUCUGCACUGACCAGAGGGGAUUCCCCACCCCAGUUCUCGCACCUCUUCACUAUCACUGCCUCAUUAUUUGCACCUCAUCACAGCUAUUAUCAGACAUAACCAAGUCCCAGACUAUCCAGUUUAUAGACGAUGGAACUCAUCAGCCUGCAUUGUCUAUCCCUCUAAUCUGAGCAUCUUUAAACAACCUUUGAGAUAUUGACUAGGAUAUCUUUAGACUGGUCUGGGACAUAUACAAGUGGAUUCCAUCUGGCUCCUUCCCAGUUACUUCCUGUACAUAUGAUCUUUUACUAAAUCCUUUUAAGGAUUAAGCCCUCUCUUUCUCUCUUUCCCUUCUUUUAAUAUCUUCCUUUUAAUGGCAUUUUUCUCUUUACUAUAGUUAACUCUGGUUAGUCUGCUACAUUCUUAUAUAGAUUUAGCCUGCCAGUCAAUGACAUACUUCCCUGUCAUGGUUUAUUCCUUUUCUUCUAGUUAAUUGUGAUCUCCACUGGGGAACUUAUCUUUUCUAUUGUUAAUUGUUAAAACCACUUUCCUUGCUAACUAUAAGUUCUCCCAAAUUGAUUUCAUAUUUACCACUCCUGGUACUUAUUUUACCUCUUCAUUUUGUCUGUAGCCUCUUCUAAAUAAAUGUCCCUUUUAGCAAAAAGAAAAACCAUUGUGAAUUUUUAUCAUAAAAAUUUCAAACUAGGAAUUACUACUUUGAUUCCAUCAUAUCCCUAAAAGGAGUAUAGAGUCCUAAUAGUUGAAAGGGGAGUGUGCUAGCAGGCUAAAUUCCUAAAGAAGUUUGGGAGAUUUCCUCAAAUCUAAAUCUAGAGCAUGAGCAGAUCUUUUAUAGAGGAAAUGGUGGGGUGGGAGGGGAGAAAGAGAAGUUGCUGUCAAAACUUGGCUUUCUGAUUGGAUAUAGUAAAUUGUGGGGUUAAGACGAUUUCUACCAGAGAUCUCCACCUGGGAUGAAGCUAUAAUCAAAAGGGCACUUAAGAACAAAAGGCCCACUUAAGACGGAGAUGAUCCUAUUAGUGCUCCUCCUAUUUGCCUUUGGGAGUAACUAGGCUUCUAGACUGUGUAUGUCAACAGCCAUCUAGCUUUCCAGGACCUCAUCCUAACCAGAAAGAAUUAAAGACUAAAGCUCAAAUAUGGAAAACUGGGUUAAUUUUUCCAUUACUGUCCCAGAGAGCUCUGUGUUUCUAGUUGGGUUAUGGUCAAAUGACUAAUCUAAAAUAGAAGUUAAGCUUGUGGAAUAUCUCUUCACUUUCCAAAAAUGUCAAUGUGAAAAAGGAGAGAAUGAAUAUGAAAAGACUGGGGGAAAUCCUAAACUGUAUCUGGAUGUUGAAGGGUAAGGGAAGAUCAUAAGGAAAAAGAAGAAAAACCACUCAGCACUUAAAACUAAGCAAUAAAUACAUAUACAUAUCCUUCAAUAAAUACUAAUAGCCCUGCAACCUUUUCAGAUAGUCAUUUCAAGCAUCCAUUAGUUUGAAUCUUUAGCUCAGGGUAAAAUGGAAUCCUACAACCUAAAAGUUACAAUUCUAGAGAGUCUAGGCAAGAAAAAAAAAUUCAAGAAUGAAAUUUAAAGACAAAUCUAUUGAGGGGAACAGUGAGUUAACAUUAAUAUAGAAACAUAACAUGGUCCUGUUAGAAUUGUGUCAAAGGUUCUAGUAACUUAGAAAAAGCUAAGCCAAGUGAAAAAAACUAUAAAAAACAAAAAGUGUAUCUUAGUGAUUUGAGGAAGAAUGGUGAAAUGAAAUGGAUAACUGGAGUUGAUAGAAUGAUAAUUGAUGAUAAUUGAUUCAACUUGAUAUAAACUAUGUCCCCUUUAAUCUUUGGGGGGAGGGGUGAUAUAAACUGCCCCCUUUGCGGGGGAAGGGUAGGAAAGGAACCUUUGGGGGAAGGGUGCUCCUGACUCCCAAACCCACCUGGAUUCUGGGAGGGGCUAUACCCAUUCUUAAGAGAAAUGCCUAGAUAAGUAAACUUAUUCAAUUAGAAAUCUGGGCCUGGGGCAUCAUCAACUCCUCUAUUGAAUUAAAGAUUAGUCUCUCAAACUGCCCUCCAGUUUGGGGCCAGGACAAAUCUGAUAAAACUGAAAGCUGUCAAUCCAUCUCUGCUAAUUCUUAAUCUGGAGUCUGCCCGCUAAGAAAGGUUUUCUUAGCCUACUAUUUUCUUAUAUAAUAUCGUAAAUCUAUUCUUGCCACAAACCUCAAGCCUGUAUUCAUUGGGGUUGGCGAAUUCUUUCACAAAACCUGCCACUGGCCAAGAGGGAUUCCAUUGCUAUUAGGGGAUCUCUCAACCCUCAGUUCUCACACCCCAUCAAACUCUUGCUUCUUUUCUAUUUCAAGGAUAAUCUUUGAGCUAGAUAAAACCCCAAAAAUAUGACCAAUAGUAGAAGAUCCCAAAAUAAAUAUUUAAAUAAUGAGUGCCUGUU